AGAAGAAAAAACCCAUGUCGAGCCUAAAAUCAACGUAGCCGAAGUUCGAAGUCACAGGAGCUCUCUGUUGGAGCAAUCUGCUUGAAGUUUCGGAGAGCUAUGGCUUCUCUUUUCAAGGAUCCAUCGAGGCUUUCAGCAUAUAGGGAUCGAAGAUUUCCUGGAACACAAGAGGACUUUGAACAUGCACUCCUGGCAUCGAUUACCGUUUAUGUGGGGAAUAUGUCAUUUUAUACAACAGAAGAGCAAGUUUAUGAAAUUUUCUCCCGAGCUGGAGAAAUUAAGAAGAUAAUUAUGGGCUUGGAUAAGAACACAAAAACUCCUUGCGGCUUUUGUUUUGUCUUGUACUACUCUCGAGAAGAUACCGAGGAUGCUGUCAAGUAUAUAAGUGGGACAAUUCUUGAUGAUCGUCCUAUUCGUGUGGAUUUUGAUUGGGGAUUCCAGGAAGGCAGGCAAUGGGGCCGUGGUCGAAGUGGUGGACAGGUGCGCGAUGAAUAUCGUACCAAUUAUGAUCCUGCUAGAGGUGGUUAUGGAAAAUUAGUUCAGAGGGAGCUGGAAGCACAAAGGCAGCUUGUCGAUUAUGGUGGUGGUUCAUUGGGCAAUUUCCCACCAGUUAUUGCACCUCAGUAUGGUGGUAGACAUGGUGGAAGUCAUGGUCAUGUGGGUUCUUAUCGUAAAGAUUACAAUCGGAAGCGACACCGAGAUGAUGACCGGCAUGGGCAUGAGACCUCAAAGAGAACCUCAGAUCAUGAAUCCAGGAGAAGCUCUGAUCACGAAUCCAGACCGGAGAAGAAUCCACGAUUUCGUGAGAGUGGUGAUUCUGAUGAUGACGAGGAGGAUGAUCGGAAACAACGAGCUUAGCCAGAUUCUUGCUACUGUAUUUUGAUCUGUAGAAUAUUUUGUUAGCAUUUCUGUGCUGUUUUUUUUUUGUUUUUUUUACUAGAGUUGUUCCCAAAUUUGAUGGACUGUAGAACAACAGAUUUUGCUUUCCCUCUCUCGCUCUGAAUGCCUAAAAUUGCUCUCGGAAUUAAGCACCUUUCCAAUGCCUAAUGCCAGAAAUCCUUCAAUGGCGGGCAUUGCAACAACAGAUUGCACGAGAAAAUACAGCCUUCACCAUGUUCACUACAAUUUCCUCCAUUUUUAGGGAAGUGCAUGGUUAACAGCAGUACUGUUGAAUAAAUUUAAACGUUAUUUUCUUGACCUUA